CUCCGCCCCUUCCGGCCCCGGCGGUCGCGGGCUACUCCGCGGCGGGGUCCGGAGCCCGCUCGGCCCGCCCCUUUUCCCGCGCUGUCAGAGACGUAGUGUAUGUUGAGCUGCUGCCGCUGCCGGCUGCUGCAAGUCCUGGGCCCGAGCUUCCCGCUGCUGACCUGCCGGCCGCUUCUCUGCGUUCCUCGCCUCAUGAAGCCGCUGGUCGUGUUCGUCCUCGGCGGUCCCGGCGCUGGCAAGGGGACCCAAUGCGCCCGCAUCGUGGAGAAAUAUGGCUACACACACCUUUCUGCAGGAGAACUUCUUCGUGAUGAAAGGAAGAACCCAGAGUCACAGUAUGGCGAACUCAUUGAAAAGUAUAUUAAAGAAGGAAAGAUUGUGCCAGUUGAGAUAACUAUCAGUUUAUUAAAGAGGGAAAUGGAUCAAACAAUGGCUGCCAAUGCUCAGAAGAAUAAAUUCUUGAUUGAUGGGUUUCCAAGAAAUCAAGACAACCUUCAAGGUUGGAACAAGACCAUGGAUGGGAAAGCAGAUGUAUCUUUUGUUCUUUUUUUUGAUUGUAAUAAUGAGAUCUGUAUUGAACGAUGUCUUGAGAGGGGAAAAAGUAGUGGUAGAAGUGAUGACAACAGAGAGAGCUUGGAAAAGAGGAUUCAGACUUAUCUUCAGUCAACAAAGCCAAUUAUUGACUCAUAUGAAGAAAUGGGGAAAGUCAAGAAAAUAGAUGCAUCUAAAUCUGUUGAUGAAGUGUUUGAUGAAGUUGUGAAGAUUUUUGAUAAAGAAGGCUAACUCUAAACCUGAAAGCAUCCUUGAAAUCAUGCUUGAAUAUUGCUUUGAUAGCUGCUAUCCAACCCCUUUGUAAGGCAGUUUUAAUCUUUGAAAAUUACAUCUCAAUUAAUGGCUAGAAAAUACAUAGUCAGACAAAUGUUUUAUUUUAUUUUAUUCUUUUGGUCACAGGAGUAGACAGUUCAGGUUUAACCUCAUCUUAGUUAUUACGGUGAUCACAAAACAAAGGUAUCAGGUAGUUCUUCGUUUUUAUUAAAAAGACUGUCCCUUUUAUAGUUUGUGCCUUCUGUGAGCAAAAAUUUUUAGUAUGCGUGUUAAUAUCCCUUUAGUAAUUACAACAUGAGGGGCCAGGGAUUUAGCUCAGUGGUGCUGCUGCCUGCUUCGCAAGCACAAGGACCUGAGUUCAAUCCCUGGUACCAAAAAAAAAAAUCUGUAGUAAUUACAACAUGAGAGCUGGGCAGGGUGGCCACACCUGUAAUCUCAGUACUGGGAGGCUGAGGCAGGAAGAUUGAUGUGAGUUCAACGCCAGCCUGGCCUACAGUAAGUUCAAGGCCAGCCUGAACUACAUAGUGAGACCCUGUCUCAAAAAACAAAACAAAUGUGUAAAUUACAACAUGUUAGGAUUAGGGAUUCCCAUUUCCUUUUCUUGCAGGUUUCAAAUUUCCAACCUGUUAAGUGAAUUUGUGGACCAAAUUUCAAAGGAACUUUUUAUGUAGUCAGUUCUUGCAUAAGUUAUUUGGUAAACAAACUCAGAAAAUAGAUUGCUAGCAAUGUUUUAAUAUUUAUCAAAUAACUGACCAUUUCCUAGAGAAAGAUAAAACUAUCUACAGCUUGUACAAAGUUGUAUGAUAGGCCAUAGUCUGCUUCCAAGGUUUGGGUUGGGCACACAAGGGACUCAGAGCCUGACAGAAUUGUCAGCUUUAUUAUAACUUAAUCUGAGGGUGUGGGACAAGGAUCACAUCUAAUGUUGUGUUCCUUAUGCUCUGUUAUUUGGUGUUAUUCAUGAUUAAACUGAUCAACACAAUUCGUAGCAAUAGAACCUUGAAAUGCAUGUGCUAGAUUUAUGCUGAAAGGAUUCAAUUCUCACAUUAGUAACGAUUCAGGUUUUGUGUUUGUUUCUUAAAUUAAUUCAGGGUUAGGGUAAAAUUAGAAAAAGAAAUCUAAUGGUUAAAGUGCCCAUUUGUAUUUUAUUUUCUGGAAUACUUUCUUCAUAGUUAUUUGUUUAAAAAUAUUUUUAAAAAUCAUUGCACUUUGGUCAGAAAAAUAAUAAAUAUAUCUUAUAAAUGUUUUUAAUUCUCUUCCUGGUACUUUUGUUUAGUAAAUUCUUUUUGAGACAUCAUGUGAAAGGUGCAAAAUGUGUAGAUUCCAAAGGAAUUUUCUUUUAUAUCUAUUCUUUCUUUAAAAAUCUCUGAGAAAUAUGCCUUUCCUUUUUUGCUUUACCUUCUAUCACUACUGCUAAGUGGUAUCCAAGGUUCUUAAUAGAGAUUUCUUAAAUGUUUCUCAUUUUCAACACUUAAACUGUUUGGUAUACGAGGUUUAAUAGGACAUGGAAAUUUUGUCUUUAUAUAAUUAGAUUUUAUAUUUAAAGUCAUUGGGAAAGGGAUGUGAGGCUGUCUGGCUGGAACAUCUGUCACACCAUAGAUCGCCAGGUUGAUCUGGCUGAUCUGGCUGGCUGGGUAGGUAUCCCCUUGUUCCCUCGCUGCUCCAUGCUUGGUGGGAUAAGGGAAGACUGUUUCCCUGGUCAAGGGUGUUAUUUGAGUAGCUGCACUCCCCUGCUAGAACCUGCACAAGCUCUCAGAGUCUUUGGGAAGGGCUAGGGGUGUAGCUAAGUGGUAGUGUAUUUGCCUAGCAUGCCCAAGGGCCUGGGUGUGAUCUUCACCAUAGGAAAAGAAAUAAUGUAAUUGGGAAUAGCGAGGACAAGUUAAUGAUUAUUCUUAUAUUGUAAUAGAGUCAUUUAUUUCUGUGCAUGUUAUGAAAUUUACUUAUUAAUGAGAAAUAUUUUUAGAAUAUUUGCUAUUAGGCAACAAAGUAUCCCUUAGUACUAUAGCAUUCUGAUCACCAGAAUUUGUACUGUGAUCAUCACAGUUUCUUUGAAGAGUUUGUAACAAGUUUUUAUCUAACGCUUCAGGCCAGCCAAUACAGAGGGAAUUUUUGGUGGUUUAAUCACCCAGCUAUAAUGAAGCAAGAUUGAAGGGUUUUGAGAGCAUUCCUGUUCACACAAAUAAAGAAAUCUGUCAGAUGGGAAUCUAAAUAUUUAUACUGAUAAUUGUAAGAGAAGCCUUACAAUUUUGAAGACUUCUGAGACUAGGUGUUUUGCUGCCUUUCAUUAGAUAUCUUCCUGUAGCAUUUGAGAACAGAAACCAAGAAACAUGGUAAUUACUAAAUUACAAGGCUUUGAUUUUUUAUUUGCUUUUAAAUAGAAAAACAUGUUGGCAGUAUUGAACUUUGGAGUUGAUUGAGAUACAUCUGAUUUCAUUGGUUUGGUCAUUCCAUUUGUUAAAAAUAACAGUCACUAAGAAGUUUUUGAGUUUCUUUAAAGACCCUAAUUUGAGUCCUGGUGUAUUUUUUGAGUUAACAUUUCCAUUCAGUGAUGUUGAAUGUAUAUGAAUUAUGUAGCAAAAUAAUUCCAAUAAAUUUUCUGCUGUGGCCUUUGCUA